UGUUUGCCCCUUUGGCUAUAAAGUGCGAAUUGACGAAUUUUUGUUCGAAUUUCGAAGAGAAAUUACUUCACUCUGUUUUUUCCUUCCUUCAAGAUUGCAUAUUUAAUUAAUUAUUUCCCAUUUUUUCCCUUGUAUAUAAUGAGCAUAAUCUAGAUUGGUGAUCUUCUAUCUAUAUCUUAUAAAUAACACGAUAUUUUUCUUUGAAAAAUUUUUAAUAUAUUAAAAAAAAUUAAUUAAUUAACAUAAAUGACGGCAAAAAGGAGCAAAUUUUCUUUACACCAUGAUCGUGGGGUUUACGAUAGCGACCAAUAUCAACUUUGACUCCCACACCGCAUACAAAGCCAAAAAGCUGGUAUACAUGAACUAAAGCAAACCAAAUAAACGAAUACAUUACAGAGAAAUUAAUCAAGGUGGUGGUGAAAUUAUGGCAUUGUUGGCUUUGAGUUUGCUACUUUGUGUUCCUAUCCUAGUUUGGUGUCUAAAACUAUUGCAGGCAAUAUGGUGGAAACCGAGAAUGAUAGAGAAGAAGCUGAAAAGGCAAGGUAUCCAUGUUCUACCAUACAAACUGCUUGUUGGGAACAUUAAAGAGAUGAACAAGUUAGCCUCUGAGGCUAGGUCUAAGCCCAUGGAACUAUCCCAUGAUAUUGCCACUCUCCUUAAUCCUAUGCUUCAAAAGCUCGCCAUGACAUAUAAGAAGCCAAUUGCUAUUUGGCAUGGAACGGUUCCUUGUGUGGUGAUUAUGAAUCCAAAAUUAAUAAAAGAUAUAAUGACAAGAAAAUUUGAAUUUCAAAAGCCAGAAGUAAGUCCAACCAUGAAGUUUUUCUUAAAAGGCCUUUCAAAUAUUGAUGGAGACAAAUGGGCAAUGCAUAGGAAAAUAAUCAAUCCUGCCUUCCACAUGGAAAAGUUGAAGGGGAUGUUGCCAUCUUUUAUGGUAUGCUGUGAAGAAAUGGUUGAGAAAUGGGACAAGUUGCUAAGCUCAGCAAACUCAUGUGAAUUAGAUGUUUUGCCUGAGUUUCAAAACUUAACUGGAGAUAUUAUAUCAAGAGCAGCUUUUGGUAGCAAUCUUGAAGAAGGAAGGUUGAUUUUCUCUCUCCAAAGGGAACAAGGGAAACUCCUUGAGCAAUCGAUUUUCAAUUUCAAUUCUCUAUGGUCAAGGUUAUUGCCUUCAAAAUUAAAAGAAUUAAAAGAAAAAAUGAUGCAAAACCACCAACAAGUUCGAGCCUUACUGCAAGGCUUAAUAGAGACUAGAGAGAAGGCCAUACUGUCAGGAAAUGAAUACCAAAAUGAUUUACUAAAUCUGCUACUCAAGUCUAAUUUCAAUGAGGCUCAAGAGAGCCCAAAUUUGGGGAUGUCAAGAGAAGAUGUGAUAGAAGAGUGCAAACUAUUCUACUUUGCUGGUCAUGAAACCACUGCUAAUUUGCUUACUUGGACGAUGAUUGUAUUGAGUAUGCAUUUAAAUUGGCAAGAAAAGGCUAGGCAAGAGGUUCUGGACCUUGUUGGAAAAAAUAAACCAACAUUUGAUGAAUUGAACCGCAUGAAGAUUGCGAGGAUGAUCCUGUUUGAGGUUCUCAGGCUGUACCCACCAACAUCUGUUGUUAGAUCUAUACCAAAAGAGACCCAACUAGGAGAAUACUCUCUUCCAGCAGGAGUGAACUUGACGAUCCCAUUGUACCUUGUCCAGAGGGAUCCUGAACUAUGGGGAGAAAAUGCAAUGGAGUUCAACCCUGAAAGAUUUUCUGAUGGGUUUACAAAACCCUUCUUUUCUUUUGGUUGGGGACCUCGAAUAUGCAUUGGACAGAACUUCGCUAUGUUAGAAGCUAAACUAGCACUAGCUAUGAUCUUGCAACACUUCUCCUUCGAGCUUUCGCCUACUUACAGACAUGCUCCUUAUGUUGCUCUUACUCUUCAACCUCAGUUUGGUGCGCAAAUUGUCCUUAGCAAAAUCUGAGGCAGCCAUGAUUUUUUUUUUUUUUUAAUCUAAUGAUCAUUAUGAGAUAAUCUUAUAUUAGAUGCACUUUUCUAAUGAUCAUCAAGCUAUAUAUAAGAUGAAGCUUAUAUCAGAGCGCCUUUCUAUGAAAUAAAGAUUUUCUGAUGGGUAUUCUUUU